GGUGUCUCUUGUGCGCUGCAUCUCGGAAACCCAAGGCGUCAGCUCAAAUAACUGCACCGAUCAAAAGCCAAAAGAAGAAGACGACUAAGAGGAGGAGGAGGAGGAGGAAGGAAACAUAAGCAACUAAUUUAUAACACGGAAAUGAGCUCGCGAGCUGAGGAGGAGGAGGAGGAGGAGGAGCGUCAGGGAGAACAAGCACGACACCGUUUUUACUACAGCCCCUGCUCUCUGUUUGAGCACGCCAUCAAGGCUUUCCUCAAGUGCCUAGGACUGCAUGACAAUCAUCAUGAUUACCACUCUGGCAGAUCCGCCGUCACUGAUGAUCAAAACCACCACCACCCUCACCCUCAUCCUCACACCGAAAGAGAAAUGAAAUUCACUGAAGAGGCGGUUAUAGUGAUGGCUUCUGCAAGGUCAGCAACAAGAGUACCAACAAGCAUAGCAAGAGCACGGCCGAAGAAUCAUAAUAAACCACCUUUAAGCUCCGGAAAACAAUACUGCUGAGCUACAACUACCUCUACCUCAUGUAAAAUGAGCCAUGGACGAAUGGAAGGAAAGUUCAAACAAGUUGCAAGAUAGGCUGGUCCUGAUGAAAAACAGAUUUGCACCUUGCAUAUCUACAGACAUGGAGCACAAGCAGGCAUGUGAUGGUAGCGAGGAGGACCCCGAUGUGCCUCCUGGUUUUGGUUGAUGAGUUUUCAUGCAUUUCAGUUUUCACCGUUACUCUGUAACCAUCAAUUUCAGAGACAAUGGAGUCAAGGAUCAAUCUAUGGUAACUGCUUAAUGUAUGUUAUAUUGAGUUCCUACAAUGGGAAAGUUCCUCUGUAAUUCCCUUAAUAGAAUGCGUUACUGUUAACAUUAUGUUGCUUGUGG